AUGUCCGAUACAACCCACCCAAAUGAGCUCGUACUCGUCCCAGGUUCCUUCGCGUAUUCCGCACUCUAUGAACCCCUCAUCACGCCCCUCAGGGCGAAAGGACUUAUCAUCCAUGCGCUUGACCCGCCGUGCUUUCCAGCAAGCUACAAGAAAGGCACCCCCUCUCCCAGCAUGUACGAUGACGCUGCGUUCAUUAACGCUUUCGUGACGAAGCUCGCCGAAGAGGGGAAGGACAUUGUGCUACUGGCACAUUCGUACGGUGGCACACCAGCCACCGAGUCACUGAAAGGCGUAACGAAGAAGGAGAGGGAGGCGCAGGGCAAAAAGGGGGGUGUAGUAAGAGUUGCGUAUCUAACUGCCAUCGUGCCGAAGAUUGGGGAGCACUUGGCACAAGUGAUUAGUGCUGCUGCUCAGGGUGGCGCACCGCCAAUUGAGAUCGAUGAGGACGGAUGGAUGUUCCAGCCGCGCCCCGAUCUCACCGCCGCUAUUGUGUACAAUAGUCUCUCCCCAGAGCGCGGCACUGCGGAGGCUGCGAAGUUUGGCAAGCACGCCAGCAUUUCCUUCGGUACUAACCUCACCCACAACGGUUACAAAGAUGUCCCAGUAUCCUGGUUCUUCUGCGAGGAUGAUCUCUGUGUUGUGCCGGAGGUGCAGGAGACCGCCAUCAACGUCAUCGAAGAGAGUUGGAAGGGAACAGAGAGACAGGGAAAAAAGGUCGAUGUUACGAGGGUCAAAUGCGAUCACAUACCUAUACACAGCGCGAGUGAGGAGUUGGAGAAGUGGGUCGAAGGUAUCAUUGCCAAAGGUGGGAAAGAGUAG